UUUUAAUCUGCUCUGUGGAUCCAGGACACAUUGAAACACCUUGAAAGUUCACUCAUGUCUGUGGGACUACAAUCCGAUUUACCCAGUGAUGAGGUGUUUAUCAGCCGUUUUCCCAUCCACCGCGCCUGUCGGGAUGGAGAUAUUGACGCUCUGGUGCGGCUGUUACAGCAGCUCUCAGACCAGGCUUAUCUGACCGUUGAGGACUCUUGCUACGGAUGGACCCCCAUGCAUUGGGCUGCUCACUACGGACAGCUGGAGUGUGUGAUGCAACUGGUGCAGAUGGGUUGUGAGGUGAAUACGCUGACCAGCCGCUUCAACCAGACACCAACACACACUGCAGCGUUUGGAGGACAUCCCCACUGUGUGCUGUGGCUGACUCAGGCUGGAGCUGAUGUCAACAGACAGGAUUUUGUAGGUGAAGCUCCCAUCCACAAGGCAGCUCGGUCAGGUAGCUUGGAGUGUAUCCAGGUCCUGUUGAUAGCAGGUGCUAAACCACAUUUAAGGAAUGCCAGUGGGCAGACAGCAGCAGACCUGGCCCACACUCAUGGCUUCCAUGACUGUUUCUCCUACAUCUCCAAAACCCAGAAGCACCUGCUGCAGCUCAAUGGACUCCACGUGAACGGAGUGCAGAAUGGAAACAGCGCCCUGUGUGGUCAGGACCUGACCAGUAGAAAGAGGCUGCUGACCGGCGUGGACACUGGUCACAUGAAGAAAGCCAGGAGAGCUGAUAAAGAAGAUGUGCUGAUGCAGAUGCAGAGCAGUGAAGGUGAGGAGUUGGAGAGCAUGAACGUGGAGCUCAACUCAGAUUUCACCAAAGCCACCACCAAUGGUCUUCAUCACUCACUGCCUUGCGCUGACCCGGAGCCACCCAAAGGCCUCUCCUCACCGUCCUCCCCUCCGGCCAGUCAGCAGGCAGCGGCUCCUGCUCAGCGCUCGUUCGCUGACAUGUGUGGCUCGCUGCAUCUGACGGGCAGCCCCAGCAGCUGCGUGUCCCACCGGCCGGCCUGGUGGGGGCCGAUGGGAGCAGACUACGGGGACUUCCUGCAUUACGGACACUACCAUGGCUUUGGAGACACGGCGGAGGAGCUGAGUGACAGCAGCUGCCUCGACUGCAGCAGCAGCAUCCAAGCUGAGCACCGAUACAAGCCGGCUGUGGCCAGCACCAUCCACCUCUACCACGGUUCAUAAAGACAGAGGGUAGCACUUCACAGCCAGGCUCCUGGAGACAGGGGAGGAUUAACCGCUGGUAUGCUUUAAGAACAAUCUGGCAUUUCGGGAAAUAAUUAUUUGCUGCUAAACACAGAUUUACUACCAUAGACAUCCAGGAGAUGUUUAAUCUAGCUUAAUGACAUAUUCCCAACCCAAAUCUAUAUCUAUCUCACAGCCUUUAUCAGCGGAUGGAGCUGGCUGGAGGUCAGGGAGGCCAUCCACACCUCUAUCCCAUAUUGGAUCAUCUAGCCAGGCUUCACUGAAAGAGAAAUCAUGCCAAGUUACAGUUGGAAGGCAUCUUCAUGUCAUGGUUGUAAACAAUAAAUGGGAUGGCUUUGUAGCUGUUAGAAGGUAUCAUUUUUUACUUUAAAUAGAGCUAGGCCAGGGGUCGGCAACCCGCAGCUUCUGAUCCACAUGCGGCUCUUUUAUCCCUCUGAAGCGGCUCCCUGUGGCUUCUGCAAAUAAUUAAUGAUUAUUUAAUUAAAAUGUGUUUUAUUCUAGUUUGUUUGUUUUUGAAACAAACAUUGCGCACGCCUCACGGACGACAGCUUACGACCCUGUGUAAAGAUGAAGGUGACGGCAUACACCCCUGCUGUGCAGACGCUGGCUCUUUGAGCGGUAAAGGUUGCCGUCCUCUGAGCUAGGCAGUUUAGCCCUGUUUGAAGUCUUUGUGCUAAGUUAGGCUAAACACACUCCAGCCCUACAGCCCUAAUAUCUCCAUACUGAAAGUGCUACUAUUGAUAUGAAACUAAUAUCGAUCUAAUCUGACUCUGAGUAGCACAGCAAAAUUUUCUUAAAAUGUCAGACUGCUCCUAAAAAGGCUGCAGUAUUUUAGUUUUAUUUCGAAUGAAGAUCAGUUUUGGGACUCGUUGGCUCUGAAAGUAAUGUGUUGAUAGGUUUGCUGGCUGGACUUGAAUUCUUCACUCACCAGUCAGCCAGAAACAUCCCAGCUAGUCAUUGUAAAAGAACGUUUUUCCAGCUUACAUACUGUAUAAUGUUCUGUUACAUCCUCGAACGUCUGGGGUGAACUCCUAAUCUCCAUACAUCCUCACUGAUGACGGGUGUAAAGAGACACUUACAGAGACACUCACAUUAUUUCCUGCAAAGUACGUAUUUCUGUAUUUACAACACUGAUCUUUCUGUUAAUUGACUGCUACUGCUGGCUGGUGUGCAUUAUUAAGGGCUGUCAGGUUGUGUAAUGUGGUGUUUUGUGUGUGGACAGCAGUUGAAAUGUUUGUUGGUGGAGGCUUUCCUCUCUGAAUGUGGCCUGAUCUACCAUCCUCCUGUAGGGAGGAGCAAAUGCACUGACACCCAAAAUGCCAUGUUAGCCUUGAUCUACCAAAGGGAAUAUAUUAUGGAUUUCUGUUUUUGUUGCUUUUAGUUUGAAAUAAUUAGUUUUAGAGCAGAUGAGGGUUGUUAUUCAGAGCUGUACUGUAAUCUUAUAGAGCAUUUUUACCAGCUUUUUGGACUGUUGGGACUUGUACAACCCUGAUUCCAAAAAAAGUUGCAGCGCUGAGUGAAUAAAAACUGAAUGUGCAGUAUCAUUCACUGUCAAUCAUGAUGCUAUCACCUGCUAUCAAUGAUGCCUGUGGAAUGUUCCAAACAGGUGCUUUGAAUGAUUUUGAUGAGGUAAAAGAUUCAAUAUAUUGUAGUGGUUUCAAUUGAGUAUAUUUGACAAGAAUUAGCAAACUAUCACAUUCUGUUUUAUGUUUCACACAGCGUAAAACUGUUGGAUGAACUGGAAUCUGAGUUGUCGUCAGUGUGCUGAAGACAUGCUGCCUCUUUUUGUAAACGCUGUCAGCAGUGUGGGAAUGUACACUGUGUGCCAAAAACUGACUUGGACCAGCCAGGCCCUGCUGGCUUGGACAUCUGUUUUUAUACUUGUUCUGGUUUUGCUCCUUUUCCUAUUAAAACAUGUUCUGCAGUUUUG